UUUGUUUAUGUGAAAAAAUGUAUAUCUCAAAAUGUUACCAACAUAAUAUUUACAUUAUAGCUUAUAUAAAUAUAUUAAAUUUGAAACGGUUUGUCUGAACGUAACAGGGAGUUAUAUGGUAAUUUAAAUGUAUUAUUCAAUCCGGUCACUGCGGCACAUACAGUAGCUUAUUUCAUUUUUGCCACCUCCCCACUCCCCCCUACAGAAAGCCGUAAUAUUUACCCCAGCCGUUUGUUCACAGCUGAAAGAUUGGCGGAACUGUACAUCACCGGAGCAUGCAAAGUGGAAGUAGCACAUGCAGCGGCCAGGGUAAUUUUAGAGCAUGUAUAUAAUCACCGAAAUGAUCACGUCUAAUAGGUCUUAAUGGGGAGAGUACUGGUGUUUCACGCGUGACAUUCACGGGAAACCAUGCAAAUCGGAGACGCAUUCGUCAAAAUAGAUUUCAUUUUAAUUCACGAUGCCAUUUCCCAAAGUAUACGUAUACAUAUCGUCGGGCUGAAGCGUCUUUCUCGCCCCAUAGCGCACAGUUCAACUAAAAUGACCAUUUUUACUCUAUUUAGCCCUAUAAAUUAAUUAAAAAUGUGUAUCCAACUAAAGCAAAAAGUCUAGUAGAAGUCUAAUACAUUCAUGAUCGGCAUUUCACAUUCUAUGUUUGUUUUUUCAGCAUCACAGCUUCUAUGAUAGAGGGACGAAGGGAUCGAAGAGAAAUGUGGACUCAGAGAAUAGCAUCUAUAGGACAGAAAAAAGACAAAACCAAACCGCUGUAUAGUUGCGAUACAGUACGCAUUGACUAACGCUUUUAAGUUCCAGUAACUGCAGCAGCGAAAUGCAUGUGUGUGUGACGCACAUUGGCUCACAAGACCCAUCCUGUGCGUGUGUUGUGUAUGUAUGUGCGUGUGUAACACAGAGAGGGAGAGAGAUAGAAAGAGAAAGAAAGAAAUGAUUUAAACGGAGGGGCUGGCCUGACCAGACGUGGGGGGUUUUCUGCAGUGUCGGCUGAUGACAAAAAGGAAAAAGCACACGUUCUGUAGAAAACUAGUGACUGGAACCGCUGGAAAUUCUGAAGGUUUCCAUUGUUCAUUCGUUUUUUGUCUACAUUCAUCUGCAAUAUCCGUUUUAUUUUAAACUUUCAAAGUUAAAGCUGCGCGUUUCACGGUUCAUGACAGAAUGCAAAUUGUGAACUGACAGCGGACACCGUUUAGAAAAGAAAUCAGGAGUUAAAUCAAGCGCCAGGAUAUACAGACAUCGCAGGAAAUGUCAAAACAGUAGAGGCUCGUUAAGCGAGGUUCCUGGAGCUCAGGAGGGAUGGCCAAGCCAGGUAAAACUAUGAGCUCCUCCAUGGAGCUCACCUUCCAGCCACUGGCUAAGACCUUUGAAGAUCUGACCCUUGACUCAGGCUACGGGGAUAUGGCGGGAUCCUGCCGCUCUUCUGUGCUGUCCCUCUCGCCCUCACACCUGGACACUCCUCCACCGGGGGCGCUGUGGACCCUCCAGCAAGCAGUGGGAGCUCAGGGCUGUCCGCAGUGUGUGACGGAGCGAGCUGGAAGGCAUGUGCUUAGAAGUAGGUCAUGGGCCACUUUGCCCCCAGUGGAGUGGGUGCCAUGGACGGAGAAAGAUGUUGGCACAGUGAUGCGCAAGAGCUUGCCCACUUGGGAGGUGUCACCAGGGUUGGUGCGCCAGGUUUCGUCCUACCUGGGGAGGGCGCUGCAGCGAGUGGCACUUGAAGCUCAACGGCUUAGCCUGCGCUGCGCAAAGUGCACGAAGCAGGAGGUGCAGGCCGCAGCCCGGCUGGUGCUCUCGUGGGCGCUGGCGGAAGUGUUUGUGAGUGCUGGGGCACGGGGACUUUCCCAGUACAACAUGAGCGCCGAGGAACCCUGGAGCUGCAGUAAAAGUACCCUGUGCACACUCGACCUGUCAGUGGGGCGCACCUUCCGCUGGAUGCUGGAGGCACGAGUGGCACCUGUGAUCCACGAGCACGCUGCUAUCUACAUGACAGCAGGCAUGCAGGCCCUGCUGGAGUUACUGUGUGCUAGGCUGGGCCCAGUACCUUCACACCGCCGGGGAAUUCUGCCACAGCCUGAUGUGGAGGACGAGCAGGAGCAGGCUCUCGAGAGGCUCCUGAAUAGCGAUGCUGAGCUCUGGGGAAUUUUCCAGCCCUACCAACACCUGAUCUGUGGCAGGAACGCCUAUGGUGUGCUUGUCCUGCCUGCCUGCCUGACUGUUUACGGACGGCGCUCACUGGCACGCGUGAGCCGCUCCCUGCGGAUGUCGGAGCUGCAGGCCUUGGAGAGCAGCCUCCUCGCCACUGUGGUGGACAGCAUCACUGAGCUGAGUGCACUGGUCAUGAACAUCUCAUACUAUCUGCAGCGCCUCACAGCACUUUCUUCAGGCACUGCAGACAAGCCUCCCUUUCACCAGGGGGCGCUGUCCUGGGAGCCGGGGGCUCUGCACACACUGUUCUAUUACACCCAGAGAGGGGUGCAGCCUCACAUCUCUGACUCCCAUGGGAUACAGUUGACCAGAGAAAGGCCGGAGGCGUGGCUGCCGCCUCUUUCUGAGUGGCUUAGGGUGUGUGUGGCCCUGGCGGAGCACCGGCAUAGCCUGACGGUGGACAGCGGGGACGUCCAGCAGGCUGCCAGGCUGCUGCUCCCAGGCGUGGAUGUAGAGCCCCGCCCACUGAGGGUGGAAUGCUGUCUCUACGCCUCCAAGCUUCUGGAAGCUUCCGUGGUGAAGCGCGCGCUGUGCUGGAACUUGGCGUUCCGUAUGCUGAGCUGCGGCAGGACAGACCUUGUGGAUGCAGCCGCGGCCCUGUUGGGGCCCGAUGGUAUCAACACCCUCGAUCAGCAGGGUCUGUCUCCACUCAUGUAUUCCUGCACUUGUGGAGAUGAGGCCAUGGUCCAGGUGCUGCUCGAUUCUGGCGCCUCCAUUGACUUGCAGGUCCCAGGUUCAGGCCAGCACGCACCCUCAGCUCACCCUGAAACCCGCUACUGGACAGCCCUCACGUUUGCCGUCGCCUUCGGACACACCUCUGUAGCCCAGCUCCUUUUGGACCGUGGGGCCGAUCCUAAUGGCUGCAUUGGAGAUGAGGGAACUGCAGAAACACCUCUGCAUCUUGCCGCAGCAGCAGGACGUUUUCCACUCGUCUCUCUGCUGCUGGAAAAAGGCGCUGAUCCACUGUGUGGGACCUCCUGUACUGUAGGGGGCGGUGCCUCUCUACGGGGGACAACUAGCGCUUUCUCCCUGGCAGCAGCACAUGGCCAUCGGGUGGUCCUGUGGACCCUGCUGUCCACCAUCAACAGUGACAUAGUGUCCCUGGAGGACAUGCUGGAAGAAGGCUUAGUGUCACAAAACACCAGGAGGCCCCGGUCUGGAAGAAGCAAGCGCAUUAGGCAGCGUGCCCUACAGGGGGCACUCUACCAUAGUGCUGAGCAUGGAUUCCUGGACAUUGCUAUGCAGCUUAGACAACAAGAGAACGUGCCCUGGACUCUACAUCCCUGGCUCCAGUGCUUAAGUACCUCCUUCUCCCAGCAGUGCUGGGAAGUGAUGCACAGUCUCCUGGGAGAUUUCCCCACUCGACAGGAUAUGUACAGCAAAGAGCUGGUGCAUGAGGGACUGCCACUCCUCUUCAAAAUCCUCAAGACCUGCCAGAGCGAAUCUACAGUGCAUCAGCUGGCUGCCAUCUUGUCUGGUUGCUACGGUCCAUACCCCGUUCCCCCAGUCCACGAGGAUGUAGCAAAACCUCACACAACUCUAGACCCUGCCUUCCUGAAUAACAAGGAGAUGUGUGACAUCACCUUCUUGGUGGAGGGCGAGCUGUUCUACGGACACAAGGACCUAGUGUCUUCUGCAUCUCCGGGGCUUGAGAAGCUGAUCUGUGAAGCAUCGGCAUGGAGCUCUGUCCCAGUGGAGGUUCCUGACAUCAAAUACAAGACCUUCCAGCUGGUGAUGCAGUACAUAUACAGCGGGGCAGCUGAAGGCUUCCAUAUAGGCAAGCAGGAGGCCUUGGAGGUGCUGCAUGCUGCUCACGUCUUUGGCAUUACUGGCCUGAAGCGGCACUGUGAGCUGCUGUGCUCUAAGAACAUCUCCCCGUCUGAUGCAGCGAAUGUCUACCGGCAGGCUAAGGUGGACCAGGCCACUGAACUGAAAACUUUCUGUGAAGGCUACUUUCUGAAGAACAUGGUGACCCUGCUGGAUGUCAGCUCCUUCCGCCGCCUCCUAUUGGCUAGCGAGGACAAAGACAGCCUGGGAAAGGCCCUGCUGCACACUCUCACUGCCCGCAUGCAGGCUCUCAACCAGCCAACUACCAAGGAGACCAUGGUGUAGGGCGCCACCUGCUGCCUUUAGAAUAGCAUCGCAUGGGGUAGAAUAAAAAGCUUUUCUACUUCUGCCAGCUGGGCACAUGACUCAGCAUGCAGGGUUUGAUCCAAGGAUUUAUUGAUCAUUAAACUUCAUUAAGUCAGCGACCAAAAGAAAGUGGACCAGUUAAAGGUAUCAAUUUGUCAACCACUGAUCGUAAAAAUUGUCAGUUUUUUGCUAAUAUUUGCAAUUUUACAAAGUGUUUUUGCUCUUAAUAUGAAAGCAGCUUUAAUGCAAAGCAAAAUAUAAAGAUCCAGCUUUCUGAGUACCUUAACUUACCAUCCAGGUUGUUGGGAGGUGCCUGUCUGGUUUCCAUGGAGACCUUGGCCGCAAAAACGCAUUUUUGUGGCAAAGAAUCAAACAUCUGAAUGAGAGCUGAAUGACAUUCUCCAUUUGAGGGAGGGAUUAGUUGUCAAAAGCCUCCUCUAGAGGGCACAGUUUUAUACAGUGCAGGACAAAAGUCUGGACACACCUGAAAAUCAUUUGCUUUUCAACAAGAUAGUGACAUUAAGCACACCAUUUGUUAUGCAUGGUUAUGUAGUAUUAUUAUUAUUAUCUUGUGAAGGAGUGCUGUAACAGAUGACCUGGCCCCCACAAUCCCCCCACCUAAACCCUACAGAGCUGCUUUGUGAUGACUUGGAUCUAAGAGUAAGAGAACCAACUUUCAAGACUGUAGGAGAAGCAUUCCAGGUGGCUACAUCUGGAUGCAGCUUGAAAGAAUGCCAAGGGUCUGAAAUGCUGUCAUAGAAGCAAAAACCGGAUAUGUUGAAGAGUCCAAAAUCUUUAAAAAAAAAAUUUAAGAUGUUGAACACUGUUUUGGUGAUAGCAAUAAUUAUUAAUAUUACUUCCUUGCCUUGUGGCCUUUUACUACAAGGUGAAUAACAAAUGCAUUAAAAACUGGUGUGUCCAGACUUUUGACUGUUUAUGAAACAGAAUUCCCACUCAGACUUGCAGGGACAGUAUUUUGUCUUCCCUUCAUCCACCUGCACCAACUGUAUGGUGGGAUUUUCGCGGUGUCACGACACACCAGGUUUUACCUUGAGGGUCCAUGGUGAAAACAUGACACAGGUAUAGGUACAGGGCCUUCCGUUAAGUCUCCUGGCAAGCUUUUAAUGCAGUGUCAUGGUGAAGCAUUCAUGGUGAAGCUUCAUGGUGAAGCACUGCUCCAUCACUGCCCUGGCUUAUCACACUGCCUCCCAGGCAUCCUGAGAAUGUCAGUUAUACACAGUUCCAAUCAUCCUGUCUUAUCUAUUGUGUUCCCCAACAUUUAAGGAUAUGCGGGAGUCAGACCAAAACAAACCCUUAGACGCAUCAGGGACUCUCAGACAAGAUAUUGUGAGUGUUAAGUGCACAUAGAUUAUACACACAUGGAGUGAUGCAUGCACUAGUCCACACAGCUACACACACACCAACCAUUUAAGCAUGCACUUAUCCAGCCUGCCGCUAUACCGUCUCUCCAGAGCUGGCCAGACAGUAGGCCAGUGUGUAGGCACCCAUCAAGCUGGCUCCAUAGUUGUAAUGCUGUAUUUGUCCAAUAAAUAUAAAGAGAGCUAUAAAGAGAAAAAUCCAGAUGUAACUGACAAUCAACGCUAGUAUUCUGUGAAUCAUAAAAAUAGCUAAUAAUAAUACUAGCGAUAACAAUACAUUGACAGAAGUAAUAUCAAAGAGGAAACCUCAGGUUAGGGUCUUUGUAGCUUAUGAUAUCUAUGUUUUUGAUCAGAUGUUUAACACAUACGAUGUAGUUCGGCUCUGACUUCAGCCAUGCUAUGCAUUUUGCGUAUAAAUGCGCGCAUUCCACACAUGCAUUUUCACUGAAAUAAUGUGCAAUGCUUUGGUUUACCUCCUAUAUUUGUAUUUUUUUCUUCCCUAACAUUUUAUUGCCUAUGACUGUGAGGGAAAGUUUGUAUUUUGUUCUGUAAAAUAUUGUAAUUAAACAGUGUGUUUAGUUAAA